AUGUCCAGAUCCGGGGACAGGACCUCCACCUUCGACCCCAGCCACAGCGACAACCUGCUGCACGGCCUCAACCUGCUCUGGAGGAAGCAGCUCUUCUGCGACGUGACCCUGACGGCCCAGGGCCAGCAGUUCCACUGCCACAAGGCCGUGCUGGCCUCCUGCUCCCAGUACUUCCGAUCCCUCUUCUCCAGCGGCGGCGGGAGCGGCGGGCACCCCCACGCCCUGGGGCUGGGGCCCGGCGCCCAGGACGGGCUGGGAGGCCCGCCGAAGGAGCCGCCGCCGUCGCAGCCGCAGGAGGAGCCCGGGACCCCGUCCUCCUCCCCGGAGGACAAGCUGCUGGCCAGCCCGCGGGCCAUCAACAACCUGGUGCUGCAGGGCUGCUCGUCCAUCGGGCUGCGGCUGGUGCUGGAGUACCUGUACACGGCCAACGUGACCCUCUCGCUGGACACGGUGGAGGAGGUGCUGUCGGUCAGCAAGAUCCUGCACAUCCCGCAGGUCACCAAGCUGUGCGUGCAGUUCCUCAACGACCAGAUCUCGGUGCAGAACUACAAGCAGGUGUGCAAGAUCGCCGCCCUGCACGGCCUGGAGGAGACCAAGAAGCUGGCCAACAAGUACCUGGUGGAGGACGUGCUGCUGCUCAACUUCGAGGAGAUGCGCGCCCUGCUCGACUCGCUGCCCCCCCCCGUCGAGUCGGAGCUGGCGCUCUUCCAGAUGUCCGUGCUCUGGCUGGAGCACGACCGGGAGACCCGCAUGCAGUACGCCCCGGACCUGAUGAAGCGCCUCCGCUUCGCCCUCAUCCCGGCGCCGGAGCUGGUGGAGCGGGUCCAGUCGGUGGAUUUCAUGCGCACCGACCCCGUCUGCCAGAAGCUGCUGCUGGACGCCAUGAACUACCACCUGAUGCCCUUCAGGCAGCACUGCCGGCAGAGCCUGCUAUCAAGAAUUCGUUCCAAUAAGAAAAUGCUGUUAUUGGUUGGAGGAUUGCCUCCCGGACCUGACCGGCUACCCAGCAAUUUGGUUCAGUAUUAUGAUGAUGAAAAGAAGACAUGGAAAAUACUGACAAUUAUGCCAUAUAACAGUGCCCAUCACUGUGUCGUGGAAGUGGAAAACUUCUUGUUUGUGCUGGGAGGAGAAGACCAGUGGAACCCUAAUGGGAAACACAGUACAAACUUUGUUAGCCGAUACGAUCCCAGGUUUAACAGCUGGAUACAACUUCCACCCAUGCAAGAGAGGAGAGCCAGUUUCUACGCCUGUCGCCUUGACAAGAACUUGUAUGUCAUUGGUGGAAGAAACGAAACUGGCUACUUGUCCAGCGUGGAGUGCUACAAUCUGGAGACCAACGAGUGGCGUUAUGUGUCUUCGUUACCGCAACCUUUGGCAGCCCAUGCAGGAGCCGUUCACAAUGGCAAGAUAUAUAUUUCAGGAGGCGUUCACAAUGGCGAGUAUGUCCCCUGGCUGUACUGCUAUGACCCUGUGAUGGACGUCUGGGCCCGAAAACAGGACAUGAACACAAAGCGAGCAAUCCACACUUUGGCCGUAAUGAAUGAUCGACUGUAUGCAAUUGGAGGAAACCAUUUGAAAGGUUUCUCCCAUCUCGAUGUAAUGCUUGUGGAGUGCUACGAUCCAAAAGGCGACCAGUGGAAUAUCCUCCAGACUCCUAUUCUGGAGGGUCGCAGUGGCCCUGGCUGCGCAGUUCUUGACGACAGUAUUUACCUUGUAGGAGGCUACAGCUGGAGUAUGGGAGCCUACAAAUCUUCUACUAUUUGCUAUAGUCCUGAGAAAGGGACUUGGACAGAACUAGAAGGAGAUGUUGCUGAGCCACUUGCAGGACCUGCUUGUUCAACUGUCAUAUUGCCAGCCUGUGUACCGUACAACAAAUGAUAGUCAAGGAGCACUGACACGAACACUGAUUGCAUUUGGGAAAAUAAUGACGGGUGACGUAAAUAUUUUAUUAGAACCGGAUUCCUGUUAAAACAAAGCUACCGUAAUUGACCCCUUAUUCCAUAUUUAUGCUUUAGGAGCAAACUAAAAGAAAACAAAAACCAAGUGUUGUCCCAGCUCAGAUAGAUGCCGGUGUCUUACGAAGCAAGUAGCUAAAACACACCGAACAUUACAUGCUGACAGACUGCCAUUUCAGACUGAUUUUAACUUUUUCCUGCUGCAGAGAUAUUCCUCACGUCAAAUUUAACUUUAAAAAAAAAUGAAGGCUAAAUGUUCAAAUACAGCCUGAAGAGACAAGAUCAGUAUUGUGCAUUGUAUCUACCUGCAUGUGAUCUGUGUUGAAGUCAUGAGGAUGUUGUUUUCACGAAUGCUUCAGAAUUCAGAUAGUGAAAAGCUCACACUGCAUUGCAGAAUUGUCUCCUCCUCUGUAAUCCUAACCUACAGCUACUUCACAUGCUCUGCAAGCAACACAGCAUCAGAAGAUUAUAAAAGGUAAAGAAAUAUCAUUCAGUUUUUGCACAGCUUGGCAACUAAUACACUCUGUCUUCAAAGUCCCCACGUGCAAGUGCAGCGGAAAGCAGACUACAAUGAAAGCCAUGCUUUACAGAGCACUUCUUGCAAUAGCAGCUUAGGGAUUAGGAUCAAAUUCUUCUAAUCACACUUGUGUAAAGUCAGAGUCAUAUCACUGAAAUCACAUGGAAUGACUGUUUUUACAUCAGUAUAAGAGAAAUUUGGUCCUACACCUUAAAUUCUGGGUUUGUAAAGUAACUUAUUUCUAUGACCACUUAAUGAAGCCCCAGAACCGUUACUUUUCACUAACCUGUUAGAUAGGAGCAUCCAUGCUAGUUGCUUCCAAAGACAAGAAGACUGCAUUUAACUAUAAGUGUAUUGCUUUGGACUCUUAAAUGAUUAUGCACAAUUUUGGAGAGACACUGGUAAGCAGUUAAAAUACUCCUGUGUGGUUGAUCUUAAAAUGCACUCAGAAAGAUUUUUACUAUUGAUCCAAAGUAAUACGAGGCUAGACUUCCCACUGCCUUAUAGCUUGUGUAAUUAU